AUGGGAAACCAGAACUCCAAGGAGGGCGGCUCGUCCUCGAGGUCCGGUGCAGGCCCGGGCGGCGACCGUCUUGAAAACCUACAGUCUUACCCGUCCUUCAGCCGCUCCGACACCAAGGAGUCGUCACGCUCUUUCAAGGCCCUCCGGUCCAAGAUCCCCGGCGGAGGGAAGACCGACAGUCCACGAAACUCGGCCGUCCUCACCAACGGCGAUGAGAAGUCCGACGCCGCGUCCGUCAAGUCGGGCAAGAGCGGGAGGUCGCGCAACAGCGUCGUCUCGCCCUCGUCUCCCCAAUCUCCCCAAUCCGUCGAUACCGACGCACGAUCUCCGCUCGAGGAGCCCCAGCCUCCACCAUCACCCAUACAGUCUGCGUCCAUGAUGUCAGGCCAUUCCGAUAUUAGUGCGGCACAGGCUUCGGGCGAAGUCGACCACGUCUCCGACCAGCCGCCUCUGGGCGGCGUUGCCCCAAAUCCCGACAUGGCUGGACAACCGGGCGCUUCCAUCUUGGUCAAGAAGGAGAACACCAUCAAUCCCGUCUCAGCGGACGUUUAUACGGGAGGUGCCAAGGACGACUCCCCGGCCGGAGUCGCCAUGAGCGACAUCAAGGAGAUCGACCUUGACGACUUCAUCAAGCGACUGUUAGAUGCUGCUUACACGGGCAAGGUCACGAAGAGCGUUUGCCUGAAGAACGCCGAAAUCGUGGCCAUCUGCCAGCAGGCCCGGGAAGUCUUCCUGUCUCAGCCGGCUCUGCUUGAGCUGGAUGCCCCUGUCAAGAUUGUUGGCGAUGUGCAUGGUCAAUAUACCGACCUGAUCCGGAUGUUCGAGAUGUGUGGCUUCCCACCCAGCUCCAACUUCCUUUUCCUGGGGGACUACGUAGAUCGAGGAAAGCAGUCCCUGGAAACAAUCCUACUGCUGCUGUGCUACAAACUGAAGUAUCCCGAGAACUUCUUCCUUCUUCGUGGCAACCACGAGUGCGCAAACGUCACCCGAGUGUACGGGUUCUACGACGAAUGCAAGCGAAGGUGUAACGUCAAAAUCUGGAAGACGUUUAUCGACUGCUUCAACACCCUGCCAAUUGCAGCCAUCGUUGCCGGCAAAAUCUUCUGUGUCCACGGCGGCCUGUCGCCCGCUCUGGGUCACAUGGACGACAUUCGUAACAUUGCCCGCCCAACCGAUGUCCCUGACUACGGACUUCUGAACGACUUGUUGUGGUCCGACCCGGCAGAUAUGGAACAGGAUUGGGAAGCCAAUGAGCGUGGUGUUAGUUACUGUUUCGGGAAGAAAGUCAUUACCGACUUUCUGACCACACAUGACUUCGACCUUGUUUGCCGUGCCCACAUGGUCGUGGAAGAUGGCUACGAAUUCUUCAACGACCGGGUUCUUGUCACUGUCUUCAGCGCGCCGAAUUACUGCGGCGAAUUUGACAAUUGGGGGGCAGUCAUGUCCGUCUCCUCUGAACUGCUCUGCAGUUUCGAGCUGCUCAAACCUCUCGACUCCUCCGCCCUAAAGAGCCAUAUCAAGAAGGGCAGAAACAAGCGCAACACAAUGCUCAACAGUCCUCCCGCUCAUGUCCAACCGCAAAGCGUGUAA